CAGUUCAGAGAGCGCCUGUAUAAUUGGUUAAUAGGAUUGGGAAUCGUAUUCGUACUACCUCCCUUUUUUCUUCUUUUUUUGUUUUUGUGGUGAACGAGUUACAGUAUAUCCGAUGGAUGAGGUGUAAGGGGAAACAAGUUGGUAGAAAACACGGUAUGAAGACAAAAGUAGCGUUUAUUUCGGGAUAAAACGCACUAAAAUAGCAGUGAGAAAACGCGGGACUGGGGCCCUCCACCCGUGUGAGUAGAAACCCACACCCACUUCCCACCCUGCCUUGGAUUUAAAUGUAACAUUUCAGUUUGAGGUAACACCUAUUAACAGUAGAACAAGUAGUUGGCGCAGAAUACACUCUUCACCUGGAAUAAAGGGCAGCCAUUAUACUGAUGACCAAAUUUCAUACAAAGUUGCAUCAUGUCAUUGAACCCUCCCACCAGCAAUGAUGCAUGUUUGAGCAUUGUCCACAGCUUGAUGUGUCAUCGUCAAGGAGGGGAGAAUGAGAGCUUUGCCAAGCGUGCUAUUGAGAGUUUGGUUAAAAAGCUAAAGGAGAAGAAAGAUGAACUGGAUUCCCUAAUCACUGCCAUCACCACAAAUGGUGCCCACCCCAGCAAAUGUGUAACAAUUCAAAGGACAUUAGAUGGGCGCUUACAGGUGGCCGGGAGGAAGGGAUUCCCACACGUUAUUUAUGCACGCCUGUGGCGCUGGCCAGACCUGCACAAGAAUGAGCUGAAACAUGUGAAAUUCUGUCAGUUUGCUUUCGACCUCAAGUAUGAUAGCGUAUGUGUUAAUCCUUACCAUUAUGAGAGGGUUGUUUCACCAGGCAUAGGUUUGAGUAUUCAGAAUGCAGGUGCACCAGCCAGAACAGUUAAAGAAGAGUUUGUCCACGAUUGUGUACAGCUAGAAAUACCUCAGGUGUUAGCUCCUCCUCCUCCCAGUGAACACAAUCAACCCAUUAACCACCCAUCUAGGGUGUUACCUUCAUCUGAGUCCUACAGGCAGCCUCUACCUCCCCUGCAGCUUCCUGAGACCUCUCGAGCUUCUGUGAACCUGUAUCCCAGCAUUCCAAUGUCUCCAGCAGCACCAAAUGACUCACUGAUUCAGAUGUCUCACAGUGAAGGCCUGCUACAAAUUGUACCACCACACCAGCAGAUGGCAUCUGCUAUACCUCAGCACCAGCAGGUUGCUUCAAGUCCUCCUCCUGCUACACCAUCACACCAAACUCAGCAGAAUGGUUUCCCCCCACAGCCAAAACAGUCAUACCAUAAUGCAACAGCAACUUGGACAGGCAACAACACAGCUGCUUACACACCAAAUAUAAGUCAGCAACCAAAUGGACGUGGUCACUCCCAGACUCCGCUACAUCACUCCAGCCAAUUCUGGUCAUCUCACCAUAACUCUGCUUAUCAGCAACCAGUCUCCAAUCAUCCUGGUCCAGAGUUCUGGUGUUCUGUUGCUUACUUUGAAAUGGAUGUGCAAGUUGGAGAGAUGUUUAAAGUGCCAUCGAAUUGCCCAGUCGUGACAGUUGAUGGCUACGUGGACCCAUCGGGAGGGGACCGGUUUUGUCUUGGUCAGCUUUCAAAUGUUCACAGGACAGAGGCUAGUGAAAGAGCCAGGUUACAUAUUGGUAAAGGUGUGCAACUGGAAUGUCGGGGUGAGGGUGAUGUCUGGAUGAGAUGCCUGAGUGAUCAUGCAGUCUUUGUGCAGAGUUAUUACCUGGACAGAGAAGCGGGACGUGCACCUGGAGAUGCUGUGCACAAAAUAUACCCUGGUGCUUAUAUCAAGGUAUUUGAUUUGCGUCAAUGUCACCGACAGAUGCAGCAGCAGGCUGCUACAGCACAGGCAGCAGCAGCAGCUCAGGCAGCAGCGGUCGUAGGGAACAUUCCUGGACCUGGAUCAGUGGGGGGAAUCGCACCUGCUGUCAGUCUGUCUGCAGCAGCUGGGAUUGGCGUGGAUGACCUGAGACGCCUCUGCAUUCUUCGUUUGAGUUUUGUCAAAGGCUGGGGACCAGAUUACCCCCGCCAGAGUAUUAAACACACACCUUGUUGGAUCGAGGUACACUUACAUCGAGCGCUGCAGCUUCUGGAUGAAGUGCUGCAUACCAUGCCAAUGUCAGACCCUGGUCCUGUUAACUAACAGAAGGGUAACUUACCCUUUGUCCAUGCCAAGUAAACUCUGAACAGAUGUGAGCAUGGUUAUCUUAAUGUGAAUUGCUCAAACCAUUUGUAUUAAAGCUGGGACCAGCUCUUAGCAAGAUGAUUACUGUUUGAGUUACACAAACCAACUCCAUAAGUGUUGCAACAGAGCAAGUUUUUUUUUUUUUUUUUUUUUUUUUUAAUUUUUGGCAGCUGGAUUUUUGGAUUGAUUCAGUGUAUUUGUACAGAAAGACAUCUUAGGUUAUCAGUGUGAAAAACCUAGACAGAUAAGGAUGACUUUCAGGACUUCAGGACUCCCAAAGUAUCAAUGAUUUACAUAUGCUUGACCAAACUCAGACUGUAUUUUUUUUUAUGCCAGCCCGUACCAUCGGAGAACUUUUGAGUUCUGAAUAUGCUCUUCCAGAAAGUUACAAAAAAAGUUUAUGGUACAGUUUGUUGCCUGUUAAAUACUAGUACACUAGACAUGAAUACUUGCAACAUGAAAGAACAGUGUGUCAUUAACCUGCUUUAUAUGGCUUGGCCUACAAGACUGCGGUCUGUGAUCUGGUGCAUCUGAAGUUCAUUUGGAAUUUCAUCAAGCCAGUCUUAAGUAGACUUCUCUUUACCUUAAUAACUGCUCAUGACAUUCAUUGUAGCGUUUGCCAUAAACUGAUAUAUUAACCAAAGCCAAAGUGAUGAUGUGUGGCGAAACUCUUCAAUCAUGGAGUUCUUUAAAAUUAAUUUCUCUUGCAUUUUAAAGGGAUGUUACGGGCAGUAAUUCCAUAGAGACAUGGGGGUUGUGCAUUUUAUAGAGAGAACGCUGCUGUGCCUCUCAGUGGACACAUUUCACACAUUUGACUAAAAAAAGAAUAGCUUUUCCAGCUGUGUUUUUUAACAAACUGUGGCAUUACACUGUUAUUUACAGAGCGAUAAAGAAAAUCAGAUAUCCCACAUACUUAAUGUGAGCUGUAGUUGUUCCACACAGAUGAAGAAGGAAGUGAUCUUGUUUACUUGAUCUUGUUUACUGGUUACUGUAGGUGCAGUGCCUUUUCUCAAGAAGAAUAUUAGGUUCAUAGGUUCAUACUAGGCUAUCUUCCCUAGGGCAUUUACAAGCCUAGCCAGAGUGUGUUUGGCUUUCGCCACCC